UACAGUUCGUAUUCCGCUGCAGCUGCUUGUCCUGUAACUUGAGGUGGAUGUUGGUUCAACGAUUAACUUUUGGGAACUUUGGGACAGCGGUGGCACGAUCUUGGCGGUGCAAAGAAGUCAAGCAUUCAUGAUCUACUAUUGCAGUUCAUUAAUAAUUCAGGGUUGUUUGUUUUAAUGUUAAGUUGUGUGCAUUUAUCGCACAUAUGAGUUCGCCAGGGCGUGUUUUUGUUUGAUUGCAAUAGCACCGAGUUUCUAAAUUAAAACUCUGAACUAAGAUUCUUUAGAGUUUACUUUUAUUGUGAAGGUGAAAGUGAAGGAUGUCUUCUAAGAUUCUUCUCACUAAUCUACGGACGACCGCAAGUUUCUGCAAAACACUGAAUUUUCUUCAGAGACCCUGGACUCCUUUUAUAGCUUCUCAACAGCGUUGUGCCAUUCAUGUGGAUACACCACCUAGCAUCCCAACCCUGACUACCAGUUAUGCCCAUGGCAUCUCUUCCCAGUCACUGCUCUCUAAUACUGUGGACCAGUGUCUUCUACACACAGUGGAGCGCCACCCUGACCGUGAAGCUUUGGUUUUUGUGCAAGAUGGAAUACGCAAGACUUUUGCUCAGUUCUACCAAGAUGUGGAACAGGCUGCCGCUGGUCUGCUGGCUGUGGGACUGAAGAAGGGCGAUCGUUUAGGCAUGUGGGGACCGAAUAUCUAUGAGUGGGUACUUAUGCAGUUUGCCACAGCUAAGGCAGGGAUUAUUUUGGUUGCAGUGAACCCAGCUUAUCAAUUGCAAGAGGUAGAAUUUGCACUCAGAAAGGUGCAGUGUAAUGCAGUCGUUUGUCCAACGCAAUUCAAGACCCAAAAGUACUGUGACAUGUUAAGGCAACUUUGUCCAGAAAUGGAGACAGCCUCUCCUGGAGGAAUCAAGAGUUCAAGACUACCAGACCUACACACUGUGAUCGUUACUGACAGUCAGCAGCCUGGAGCUUUCCAAAUCAAAGAUGUGAUGCAGGCAGGAAGCAGCCAACACCAUCAACAACUACAAGAACUGCAGAAGAAACUCACUUGUGAUGAUCCUAUAAACAUUCAGUUUACUUCGGGAACAACUGGAAAGCCCAAAGGAGCCACUCUGUCUCAUCACAACAUUGUAAACAAUGCUUUAUUCAUCGGUAUGCGCAUAGGCUUCAACUGGAGGAAAAAUGUGCGAGUCUGCGUGCCGGUGCCUAUGUAUCACUGUUUUGGCUCGGUGGGUGGUGGUAUGGUCAUGGCUAUUCAUGGCACCACAAUAGUUUUCCCAUCCACCGGGUAUGAUGGACAUGCCAACCUGGUGGCAGCAGAGAAAGAGAAGUGUACCUUUGUGUAUGGCACCCCUACCAUGUUUAUUGACAUGCUUAAUCAGCCUGACUUGCCCAAGAUUGAUUUGUCGUCAGUUGAGGGUGGUGUUGUUGCCGGCUCUCCUUGUCCACCUGAGGUCAUCCGGAAGGUCAUCAGUGUCAUGGGUAUUAAGGAAGUUGUGAUUGGGUACGGCACAACCGAAAACAGCCCUGUGACAUUUUGCGGCUUUCCGAUUGACAGCGUGGAGCGAAAGACAGAGACUGCUGGAUGUAUAUGCCCCCACACUGAGGCAAAAAUAGUAAACCCUACUUCAGGUGAGACCGUACCUCUGGGCGUUCAGGGUGAGCUGCUAAUCAGGGGAUACUGUGUGAUGCUGGAAUACUGGAACGAUGAUGAAAAGACCCAGGAGUGCAUCACAAAAGAUCGUUGGUACAAGACUGGUGACAUUGCCACUUUGGACGGGUACGGGUACUGCAAAAUAGAAGGACGCAUCAAGGACUUGAUCAUCCGAGGAGGAGAAAACAUCUAUCCUGCUGAAAUCGAACAGUUUCUCCACACACAUCCUAAAAUUCAGGAAGCACAGGUGGUUGGAGUGAAGGAUGCGAGAAUGGGGGAGGAAGUUUGUGCUUGUAUUAGAGUCAAGAAUGGUCAGGAACUAACUGCAGAAGAGGUCAAGGCCUACUGCAAAGGAAAGAUUGCCCAUUUCAAGGUGCCACGCUAUGUAACGUUUGUUCAGGGAUAUCCUCUGACUGUCACAGGCAAGAUCCAAAAGCACAAACUGCGUGAGCAGACAGAAAAACAGCUUGGACUGUGAUUGCAAAAGCAGCUGUGGUAUGUUUUUUAACCUUUACAAGCAGGACAUCAACCCUCGGGAUAUCAUGGGUUACUCGACUAUAUUAAGAUAUCAUUGUUUUAUAAGCCAUGUUUUUAAUUAAACAUAUUUAUACAUUGUUGAUAUUACCCUGUUAUGUUAACAUCCUGUUUCUAAUAAGCUAACGGUGGUUUUUCUACAUGUGUAUUUUAUUAAUUAUCUUGAAUUUGUAACGAAUUGUAUUUGAAACCAAGUAAUUCUUAAUCAUGUAAACCAAUUAUGAUCAUAGGAUAUUGUUAUCCAAAAUAUGCAUGGUUACACUAAGACCAUUUUAGGCAGAUGACUUUAUAUGUGUCUACUAGAAUGUUCCUUUUAAAUAUACUGUUGUAUAAUAAAAUGACAA